CAAAAAUACCUAUGACUUCCUUUCCUUGCAGUUGAGUGGUUCAGAAUUCCUACUGUGGGUCCCCUUUAAGUUCUUCCUAUUCAUUCAGAAACUUCAGAGCAAGCAGCAUAACACACAGCACACACACUCACACACAGAGCCUGGAGCAGCGAGACUCUCGAAAGUGUUUUAUCCCUACAUGGGCUACCCUGUUGCAUUCAUCUCAGAAGUUGACAAAAGACGUUGACAAAAUAAUUGUGGACCAAGUAUCCAGUGAAAGUCUCGUCCCUCAAUGGAAAAAACUCCAAGCCAAGACACAGAGGAAAAUCCUUAUCUAUGGUAAGAAUAACUAAUAUUUCACCGCUUUGGGAUUCUAUAUAGUCAGAUGUUAGGAAAAGCAAUAGGGUUGUUCAACCAAUUCGGUGCCUUUUGAGAAGUGUAACUUGGUCCCCAAAAAACGUUUGAUUUCACCUAAUUUUAACAUUCUGUCAUAAAGGCACAUGUUAAAAAAAUUAAAACAUGUUUUACCAUCUCAAGUUUAAGUUUUUUUUAAAUGACUAUAGUAAGUGCCUACCCAUUUGGCACACACUGGUUGAAUCAACGUUGUUUCCACGUCAUUUGAAUGAAGUGAUGUUGAACCAACAUGGAAUAGACUUUGACUUGACGUCUGUGCCCAGUGGGUUUUAAGUGCCAAAUAAAUUAACAGGUUGACCUUAACAGGGUUGACGAUUUCAUCUUAAAUCAACCAUCAAUCCCCUGGUGACAGGGGGAAUGGAAGAUGGUAGUGUGCAACAGGGAGUGGCAAUUAAAUGCAAGCUUCACAAAAAAAUGUAAUUGUUAAAACAUUUCUAGUCUGUCUAUCUAUGUUAUGGUCGACCCGUUCAGUUUUCCAUCCCAAAACACCAGAAAAUGGCCCAAAAAAGAGUAGAAUCAGUUCACCUGCUUAUACGCUAUGAUUUGACUAUUAGAUGUUCAAUGUUUCUUUGUUCUCCAUGUGGUCUAUAUUAAAGGGCACUUAAAAAAAUAUAUCAGGCUUUUAAAAUUCAAUAUUGGUGCACAAUUUGAUACUUAAAAUAUCAAAGGGAUGCAAAAGGCACCCAUAUAUAGCUUACAUAUUUGCCAUGACUAAAAUGUAAUGUAAUGUAAAUUUAUAAAUUUACCAGUCAUAGGAAAACUGGUACAUUUUCACGUCUCAUCUGAGCGUCUUGUUUGCUGCACGUUCCAUUAAUGUUAACAUGAGGUGUGGCAUUGCAGUGGAGUUAACAGAAGGCUAGGCUGCCCACACCAAAGGCAACUUGCAGCCCAGGUGCUGCUUUAAGUGGAGAUGCUGAUGAAAGAUCACCAUGUCAUAACUCACCUAGAGACGGACAUUCCACUUAUCCCCCACAUCAUGACUAGACUUGUCUUAGUAGAGUUCUAAGGGCCUAAUGCAUUUAGAACAGGGUUAGUCAGGCACAACAUUUGUUUAAAACUUGGUUUUGAACCAAGUUAAUGAUUUGAUUUGAUUUUGAUAUUAAUUUUGAUCCCCAUUAGCUGUUCUGUUACUAUCACAUCUACUCUUCCUGGUGUCCACAAACUGUGUGCUAUUCAAGUGUUUUCUUUGUCCUUCACUUGAUCCAUUAAUGACAAACUAUCAAUAAUUUGCUUGUUUCAUUUGGUUGUGACACCUUGUUGUCUUACCUAUUGAGAGAGAGACCAUGUAAUUUGGUUGCCAAGAUGAACAAUCAUAUUGUUUGACAGAAAUAUACAAAGUUAUAUUGCCAUCUAUUCUGAAAUCUUUUGUUUUUCCAGUUUCCAGAGAACCCCUUCCCUACGACGCAAAUGGAGGAAAAGGUAUGGAGGUUUGGACGGCAACAAAUUACUGGAGCCAAAUAAGGAGGAGGACAUGAGAGGUAGGCUACACUGCAGGAACGCCUAAUUGUGUGUAUGAGACUGUUUCAGUGAUGUUAACGAUGUGGCUUUUUUCCCCCUGUGAUUUUUGGCCUAUGGGGCUUUUGAUUGUGGGUGUUGCCUCAAAGUGCUAUAAUAAGGAGCUGUGUGGGAUGGUGAAACUGAGGAGGAUCUACUCUAACCAGACGUCGGUCAUUAAAACAGAGCAUGUGGACUGUUGUAGGGCCGACAACAUGUGAGGGAAAGGAGGCAAAAUCAAGUCCAGAUGAAUUGAUGUGCCAGUGGUACUGGUUGUUUAUCUGACAAAACAGUAAAAUAAUUGCCAUACAAAAGCCAGUCGAAGUCCAUGAGUGUAUUUAUUAUAACUUGUCUUAUUAAAGAAAUGAACAUGCAACAGUGUAUUUAACCUUUAUAUGCAUGCAUGACAGUGUACGUUUAAAAAAAAAUAUAUGCAUGAUAUUUUCACAACCCAUGUGUUAUACAGGUGGUUGUAAUAGUCUUCUCAGACAGGCUACUCCUCUCUUUACCCCAUUCUUGGGUCAGGGGAAAUGCUGUCUGCAUUCCUCUGUCUGGAAUGUUCCAAUCAAACAGUAUAGACAUCAACUCCAGUAAACAAGAUACUGGAGACUCAAGCAUUGAAGUACAAAAACUACAAAUAUGUUUAUUCAAAGGUUGUGUGUAGUUUUUAUUGCUCACUUUUUGAUGAGCAUUAGCCAAUGUUGACGAACGCUGUGUUAAGACAUGACAUUGUACUAGAUAGGCCAGAAUUGCUGAUGUCAAACAGUAUACUUGGAAGGGAAUGGCAUGUAUACUGCUCUUGUCUGUGUGGUAACAUAAUGAGUGUUUCACUUCUCUUCUCAAGAGUGAAAGUUUAAAAUAAAACCAUUAAACCCUGUGCAGAUUUACCAUGGAAUCUACUGGUGUUUGUAUGGGGAGUGUGGUUCUGGGUUUUUUGGGGGUGGGUUGAGAGUUAUUUCAGAAAGUGACUUGACAGGGAUGUGAAAUAUUGUUUUAUUUGUUAUAUUUUCAACUUCUGUGAGCAAGAACUAAUAGUGAGUCAGGAAAACGCUGCUGUUGGGAUCUAAAAGUGGACUCUGACAGUAAACAACUUUAUAGCGUCACAUGACAUUAAGGGCUGUUUGCAUGUAGACAUUUUACACAAUGCACCUUUUAAUGAUAAGGUUGGGAUACUAUUAUCAUCGUCUUUGUUACAAAAGUCUCCUGAACUCUUGUGAUAAUAAUAGGCUAUUCUGAGUUGUGUAAACUUAUUUUUUAUACCCUAUUAACAUUGCUGAUGAGACCAACACAUUUAAUUUGCAGUCAGAAUUUGAAAAGAACACCAUUAAUAAAUUUGAAAAGAACAACAUCCACAUAAACAUGUAAAGACAUGGAUUAAACUAAAAAGCCUGGAUUUUGUCAUUCAUGUCCUUUCCUUUGUCAUUUGUUUUGCUUUAGAAAAUGACGUGAUGACGGAGGCCCAUGAAGAGAGGAAUCCUUCCCCUGUGAAAGGUGCUGAGAGCCAGGUACGUGCUGUGUCCUGCCUGAAUCUGACACACAAACAACACGCCAAUAUCACUCUCUCACACAACAUACCCCUGCGUCACCCCAACACGCCCACCUCACUAGAUCAAAGUGGGGGAGUUACCCGCACUUUUGUCAAGAAAGCCAAAGCAGCAAGAUUUCUGCGUUGUCAGGGUCUUAUUGGAAGGUGGCCAGCUAAGGCAUGAAAAAAUCCAAGCAGAGGUUAUUCCAAAUCAGAUUACAGUCUUUCAUCUGAGCUGUAAAAUAAAGGGAGGAUGAAAGUGCCGCUUUCAUGAAAAGGAGGACAGUAGAUGGUUGUCUUUUCAGCUUCUAAACAGAGCCAAUUUAAGAGCUGCGCAGAGCAUGUCGGUGCAGAAGCAGAGGCCAUUUAGAAAACCCAGUAGUAGUAAAAAGUUAUCCCUCCAUGCUUUGUCACUGCUGAUGUAAAAUGGAAGCCCCCACGUUGCCUUGUAAAGGUAACAAUUAAACUGUACUUCACUAAAGAGCACCUGUGAUUACUGAAAACAUCAAAGGGAUGUCUGGGGACAGUCAAAUGGAGGCUCGAAAUGCCCAUCCGAUAUGUGUGAAUUUGAAUAUAGUAAAAUGUAGAUACUAUAUGUUGACUCACUGAUUAAGACGUUGAAAUUCUUACCAUGUCACAAUUUGGCAUGGAUAAUAUUUUAGCGCUUUGAUUGAGGGUAAAAUGGCUUAGUUUGUGGCUAAACUCAAAUAUAACAAGUCUAUAACUGCGGAAUGCCACAUCCUGCUCUCUCAAAUCUCUGUGCGUUUGUGUUGUUGUUUUUCAUUUCCUAAGGAUACGGCUUCAUCAGGGAAUGUUCCACGUCCCAUGCCCAGAAAUCCCUUUCAGUCCCAGUCUCAGAGACCUGUCAACUUAGUGAGCCCUGGAUCAACAGGUAAGGAUAGUGAUGAAGGUGUGAGGAGAAAAGUAGGUUUUCACUUCACCUGUGAAGUGGAAGUACAAGAGACUGUAGUUGUCGGCAUUUCUCACCCAACCACUCACCUCAUUUAUACUAUUUUGUACCUACCUCUACAGGCCUGCCAUCAUUGGUCAGUAAUGGAGCUCUGAAGCCCCCUCUGCCCCAGGCAGAACAGGAGAGGCCUGUCGCCACGUCCCCCCAGCCCUGGCUCAGUGUGGGCAGGACAGAGACCACGCAUGGACACUCAAAGAGGAGGGCGUGAGUAUCUCACAAAUGAUCCUGUACUCAUACAUUAUCUUUACCAGUUAUGUUCUUAUUGCUUAACUAUGCCCUCCUGUGGUGGAUGAAAUACAUUAUUUUCUUCCAGGGCUGCUGAUGUUCUAUUUGACAGCUUUGCCUCUGAUGGGAGAGUCAGCAUGAACCAGUUUUUUGAGGUAGCUAGUAAUUGCUAUUGCAAGAGAGACCUGAACAAGAAGCAUCAUCCACAUAGAUAGACUACAAUGACAAACAAACAAUAUGUUUAUACUGCAUUCUCUUCCUCCGUAGACAGUGUGGAGCUCAGGCCUACACAGAUCCGACCCCAGAAUUAAGGACUGCUACUUCCAUAUGAGGAAACUGCAGGAUGAGGAUGGAACAGUAGACAGGAACACCUUUCAGAGGUAAGGUUAGAACUGCAUUGCCAUCAUUGUUACUGGCCUACCGUGACUGAAAAUGAUGGUUCCACCACCCAGAAAAGCCUUAUUUAACACUGGUUAAGAUACUAUGGGUCCGAUUGCAUUUACAUUUACAUUUACGUCAUUUAGCAGACGCUCUUAUCCAGAGCGACUUACAAAUUGGUGCAUUCACCUUCUAGCUAGUGGGACAACCACUUUCCAAAGUUUUUUUUUUUUCAUUAUUUUUUUUGACUGGGCUGAGCGAACAGUUUUGACUGGGCUGAGCGGGAACUAUGCUUCCGCAGAGGUAGGGGAGCCAGCAGGCCAGAGGUGGAUGAACGCAAUGCCUUCGUUUGGGUGUAGGGACUGAUCAGAGCCUGAAGGUACGGAGGUGCCGUUCCCCUCACAGCUCCGUAGGCAAGCACCAUGGUCUUGUAGCAGAUGCGAGCUUCAACUGGAAGCCAGUGGAGUGUGCGGAGGAGCGGGGUGACGUGAGAGAACUUGGGAAGGUUGAACACCAGACGGGCUGCGGCAUUCUGGAUGAGUUGUAGGGGUUUAAUGGCACAGGCAGGGAGCCCAGCCAACAGCGAGUUGCAGUAAUCCAGACGGGAGAUGACAAGUGCCUGGAUUAGGACCUGUGCCGCUUCCUGUGUAAGGCAGGGUCGUAUUCUCCGAAUGUUGUAGAGCAUUGUUGUCACCGCCUUGAUGUUAGCGGAGAACGACAGGGUGUUGUCCAGGGUCACGCCAAGGCUCUUCGCACUCUGGGAGGAGGACACAACGGAGUUGUCAACCGUGAUGGCGAGAUCAUGGAACAGGCAGUCCUUCCCCGGGAGGAAGAGCAGCUCCGUCUUGCCAAGGUUCAGCUUGAGGUGGUGAUCCGUCAUCCAUACUGAUAUGUCUGCCAGACAUGCAGAGAUGCGAUUCGCCCCCUGGUUAUCAGAAGGGGGAAAGGAGAAGAUUAGUUGUGUGUCGUCUGCGUAGCAAUGAUAGGAGAGGCCAUGUGAGGAUAUGACAGAGCCAAGUGACUUGGUGUAUAGCGAGAAUAGGAGAGGGCCUAGAACUGAGCCCUGGGGGACACCAGUGGUGAGAGCACGUGGUGCGGAGACAGCUUCUCGCCACGCCACUUGGUAGGAGCGACCGGUCAGGUAGGACGCAAUCCAAGAGUGAGCCGCGCCGGAGAUGCCCAGCUCGGAGAGGGUGGAGAGGAGGAUCUGAUGGUUCACAGUAUCAAAGGCAGCAGACAGGUCUAGAAGGACAAGAGCAGAGGAGAGAGAGUUAGCUUUAGCAGUGCGGAGAGCCUCCGUGACACAGAGAAGAGCAGUCUCAGUUGAAUGACCAGUCUUGAAACCUGACUGGUUUGGAUCAAGAAGGUCAUUCUGAGAGAGAUAGCAAGAGAGUUGGGUAAAGAUGGCACGCUCAAUAGUUUUGGAGAGAAAAGAAAGAAGGGAUACUGGUCUGUAGUUGUUGACAUCAGAGGGAUCGAGUGUUGGUUUUUUGAGAAGGGGUGCAACUCUCGCUCUCUUGAAGACGGAAGGGACAUAGCCAGCGGUCAAGGAUGAGUUGAUCAGCGAGGUGAGGUAAGGGAGAAGGUCACCGGAGAUGGUCUGGAGAAGAGAGGAGGGGAUAGGGUCAAGCGGGCAGGUUGUUGGGCGGCCUGCCGUCACAAGUCGCAAGAUUGUAUCUGGAGAGAGAGGGGAGAAAGAAGUCAAAGCAUAGGGUAGGGCAGUGUGAGCAGGACCAGCAGUGUCAUUUGACUUAACAAACGAGGAUCGGAUGUCGUCAACCUUCUUUUCAAAAUGGUUGACGAAGUCAUCCACAGAGAGGGAGGAGGGGGGGGGGGGGGGGAGGAGGAUUCAGCAGGGAGGAGAAUGUGGCAAAGAGCUUCCUAGGGUUAGAGGCAGAUGCUUGGAAUUUAGAGUGGCAGAAAGUGGCCUUAGCAGCAGAAACAGAUGAAGAAAAUGUAGAGAGGAGGGAGUGAAAAGAUGCCAGGUCCGCAGGGAGUCUAGUUUUCUUUCAUUUCCGCUCAGCUGCCCGGAGCUCUGUUCUGUGAGCUCGCAAUGAGUCAUCAAGCCACGGAGCUGGAGGGGAGGACCGAGCCGGCCGGGAGGAUAGGGGACAUAGAGAGUCAAAGGAUGCAGAAAGGGAGGAGAGGAGGGUUGAGGAGGCAGAAUCAGGAGAUUGGAGGGAGAAGGAUUGAGCAAAGGGAAGAGAUGAUAGGAUGGAAGAGGAGAGAGUAGCGGGAGAGAGAGAGCGAAGGUUGCGACGGUGCAUUACCAUCUGUGUAGGGGCAGAGUGAGUAGUGUUGGAGGAGAGCGAGAGAGAAAAGGAUACAAAGUAGUGGUUGGAGACAUGGAGGGGAGUUGCAGUGAGAUUAGUAGAACAACAGCAUCUAGUAAAGUUGAGAUUGCAACAGAACUCACGUUUCCAAUUUUAAACAAAACAGCAUGUGCAGAGUUGGGAGAAUAGAGCCCUAUAGAGAAGUGAUAUUCAAUAUUUUUCAGCGUGGACCCCAUUUUCUUUGCCAGAAUUUCUGGGGACCCCAUUUAUUUUCCAUCAGAAAUUCUGCCAACCCUAUGCCACCCCAAAUUUAAUGACACAACCUUAAAAUCAUUACAUUUUAAUAGAUACAGGACCAGUCAAAAGUUUGGACACACCUACUUAUUCAAAAGGUUUUUCUUUAUUUUUACUAUUUUCUACAUUGUAGAAUAAUAGUGAAGACAUCAAAACUAUGAAAUAACACAUAUGGAAUCAUGUAGUAACCAAAAAAGUGUUAAACAAAUCAAAAUAUAUUUUAUAUUUGAGAUUCUUCAAAGUAGCCACCCUUUGCCUUGAUGACAGCUUUGCACACUAUUGGCAUUCUCUCAACUAGCUUCACCUGGAAUGCUUUUCCAACAGUCUUGAAGGAGUUUCCACAUAUGCUGAGCACUUGUUGGCUGCUUUUCCUUCACUCUGCCGUCUGACUCAUCCCAAACCAUCUCAAUUGGGUUGAGGUCGGGGGAUUGUGGAGGCCAGGUCAUCUGAUGCAGCACUCCAUCACUCUCCUUGGUAAAAUAGCCCUUACACAGCCUGGAGGUGUGUUGGGUCAUUGUCCUGUUGAAAAACAAAUGAUUGUCCCACUAAGCCCAAACCAGAUGGGAUGGCGUAUCGCUGCAGAAUGCUGUGGUAGCCAUGCUGGUUAAGUGUGCCUUGAAUUCUAAAUAAAUCACAGACAGUGUCACCAGCAAAGCACCCCCACACCAUCACACCUCCUCCUCCAUGCUUUACGGUGGGAACUACACAUGCGGAGAUCACCCGUUCACCCACACCACGUCUCACAAAGACACAGCGGUUGGAACCAAAAAUCUCCAAUUUGGACUCCAGACCAAAGGACAAAUUUCCACCGGUCUAAUAUCCAUUGCUCGUGUUUCUAGGCCCAAGCAGGUCUCUUCUUCUUAUUGGUGUCCUUUAGUAGUGGUUUCUUUGCAGCAAUUCGACCAUGAAGGCCUGAUUCACACAGUCCCCUCUGAACAGUUGAUGUUGAGAUGUGUCUGUGACUUGAACUCUGUGAAGCACUUAUUUGGGCUGCAAUUUCUGAGGCUGGUAACUCUAAUGAACUUAUCCUCUGCAGCAGAAGUAACUCUGGGUCUUCCAUUCCUGUGGUGGUCCUCAUGAGAGCCAAUUUCAUCAUAGUGCUUGAUGGUUUUUGCGACUGCACUUGAAGAAACUUUGAAAGUUCUUGACAUUUUCCAUAUUGACUGUCCUUCAUGUCUUAAAGUAAUGAUGGACCAUAGUUUCUCUUUGCUUAUUUGAGCUGUUCUUGCCAUAAAAUGGACUUGGUAUUUUACCAAAUAGGGCUAUCUUCUGUAUACCCCCCACUACCUUGUCACAACACAACUGAUUGGCUCAAACGCAUUAAGAAGGAAAGAAAUUCCACAAAUUAACUUUUAAGAAGGCACACCUGUUAAUUGAACUGCAAUCCAGGUGACUACCUCAUGAAGCUGGUUGAGAGAAUGCCAAGAGUGUGCAAAGCUGUCAUCAAGGCAAAGGGUGGCUAUUUGAAGAAUCUCAAAUAUACAAUAUAUUUUGAUUUGUUUAACACUUUUUUGGUUACUACAUGAUUCCAUAUUUGUUAUUUUAUAGUUUUGAUGUCUUUACUAUUAUUCUACAAUGUAAAAAAAAUAGUAAAAAAUAAAGAAAAACCCUUGAAUGAGUAGGUGUGUCCAAACUUUUGACUGGUAGUGUAUUUUUGAUUUUUGUUUUUAUUUGCCAACCCCACUGCAAUUUGGCCCUGACUUUGAAUACCCCUGCUAUAGAUAAUAGAGACGUACUGUAUGUUCAAAAUACAUACAUUAGCCCAAUCAUGGACAGAACCAAAAUACAUAAUCAACUACAUUAGACUAGAUGUUAGUCAGACCAAUUAAACUGGUUAUUAGGCCCCGUGUAGCUCAGUUGGUAGAGCAUGGCGCUUGCAACGCCAGGGUUCUGGGUUCGUUUCCCACGGGGGGCCAGUAUGAAAAUGUAUGCACUCACUAACUGUAAGUUGCUCUGGAUAAGAGCGUCUGCUAAAUGACUAAAAUGUAAAUGUAAAAUGUUAUGUUCCUUGAUCACGUUGGAAUGUUAUGAAAGUGACUCUGAUUGACAAGGUGUUAUUUGAAUUUCCCCCUAAGGUGUGUGACAGGCUUUGUGUCCCUCAUUCUGAAAGCUCUACAGGGAAGGUUUGUCAUCCCCGACUUUGCCACCUUCACCGAUGAAACUCAAAAGUUGUUCAUGAAAUGUAAACAGCUGUCUUCAGUCAAGGUGAGGCUCAAUUUGAUCUGGUGUUUUGAAGCCAUGCUUCAAGAAUGUGCCCCAAAUUACUGUAGUCACGCAAUAAAAUGCUACCUUUGAUAUUGUAGGAAUUUAUAACUUAUCUUGGAGUGGGUCUGUGCUAAAACAAUACCUCAAAAACCUGAUUGUUUGUCUCAGCAGGAGAAGGAUAGUGGAGACAGUGCAAAGUGGGGAGUCUCAGUCUGUACGGUCGAUGGUCAGAGGUAUCGUAAAACCAAUGUCACUAUGUUUUAUGUCAUCAACAUCACUGGGGACUAUAUAGAGCAGUCCUUUUAAUGUGAUUAACAAGACCGUUGGAGAAUCCUUUUUUUGGAAGUUAAUCCUCUUGUCCUGCCUUGUCUGUGGUCUUUUAGGCUGUCUUUAGGCGACUGUGCCGAAUCCUGUGUUCUGGAGGAGGUAUCCUGGCCUCUGGUUUAUGGCAUUGCAAUAGACCAGCUUGGAGUGAACAAUGUGCACAGAUAUGUGGGCAUGGAGGAGUUCUCAAAAUAUGACUCUCCUUUCACCCUCACCAAACAAGGUACAGUAAAAUACGUAUCCUCUUAUUUCUGCUUGCAAGACUUUGGGUAUUACAGCCAUGGAGCCAUGAAGUCUCCUUAUAUGCAAUCCAGUAAGCAAAGCAGUAUGCAUGGCUUGUGAUGUUAAUAGAGUCCCUGGGAAGCGUUGGCAGUUUUUAAUCAUGUUCAUUCAUUUAUUUUACGCAGGAGUUCCUCACAGUCCGCUCAUUGAGACAGGCGCCAUUAUUACCGCAUCUUUGUUACAGGUAAUAUACACACACUCCCUCAGUAAUGGCUAUUUGCAUUCACAUAUAAUGCCAAUUUGUUUUCAAGUGAUGUUUAAUGUAAUUUGAUGUUUUUGUAAAGUUGGCUGCCAGUCUUGGUGCAGAGGAGGAGGAAAAGUAUGAAUCUGUAAGUAAGGCAGAAGGCAACAAAAUUAUGUUUUUAAUCCUUAUGUUUAUGUUUACAAUAAUGUUUUUUAAACUUUCAAGUCACAAAUACUAUGGUGUGACCAAUGCCAUCUUUAUGUCAUCUCCGCAGGUCUUGAAUGCUGUCAAAAGACUUUGCAAUAAGGAACAUGCAAACUUAAACUGCACAAGGUAUUUUGAAAUGUAUGGAAUAUAUACAGCUGUGGAAAAAAUUAAGAUACCACUGCAAAUGUUUCUUAAAUCAGCAUCUCUACAUGUAUGACAGCCAUUCCAUUCCAGCGUACGUUGAAUUCCAACACAGGCACACCUCAUUCUACUGAAUUAGGUACUGAUUAGGUGAUCACCUGAACCAAAUCUUAUUUAACGAGGAAAAGUAUAAAAACCACUGCUGUGGUCAUCACUAUCCUCUUGCAAUAGUACCAGCUGGAUGGCAAAAACAGUGCUAAUAGUACCUCAAAAGUAAUAUGAAUCAAAAAAUAACUAUUGACCAUGCCAAAAGGGUUGAAAAGGAACGUUUUGAGUGAGGAAAAGAAGGGUUCAAUGCUGGCUUUACUGGCAGAGGGAUACAGUGAGCGUCAGGUUGCUUCCAUCCUUAAAAUUUCAAAGACGGCGGUUCAUAAGAACAAGGUCAUCACCAGACAUUGGGGACAACAAAGCUAUAGACCGGCAGAGGGCGAAAACGACUCUACUGACCGGGAUGAACGCCAACUCAUUCGAAUGUCACUUAACAACCGUAGGAUGACAUUAAGUGACCUAUAAAAAGAAUGGCAAACGGCAGCUGGGGUGAAGUGCACGGUGAGUUCGAAACAGGCUUCAAGGGGCAGGGCUGAAGUCGUGCAAAGCUAGAAAAAAGGCUCCGGGAUGCUGACCUUCUAGGCAGAGUUGCAAAGAAAAAGCCAUAUCUCAGACUGCCCAUCUUAAUCUUUUCUUUUUAUUGGCCAGUCUGAGAUGGCUUUUUCUUUGCAACUCUGAAGGUCAGCAUCCCAGAGUCGCCCCUUCACUGUUGACGUUGAGAGUGGUGUUUUGCGGGUACUAUUUAAUGAAGCUGCCAGUUGAGGACCUGUGAGGCGUCUGUUUCUCAAACUAGACACACUAAUUUAUUUGUCCUCUUGCUCAGUUGUGCACCGGGGCCUCCCACUCUUUCUAUUCUGGUUAGACAGUUUGCGCUGUUCUGUGAAGGGAGUAGUACACAGCGUUGAACGAGAUCUUCAGUUUCUUGGCAAUUUCUCGCAUGGAAUAGCCUUCAUUUCUCAGAACAAGAAUAGAUUGACGAGUUUCAGAAGAAAGUUAUUUGUUUCUGGCCAUUUUGAGCCUGUAAUCGAACCCACAAUUGCUGAUGCUCCAGAUACUCAACUAUUCUCAAGAAGGCCAGUUUUAUUGCUUCUUUAAUCAGCACAACAGUUUUCAGCUGUGCUAACAUAAUUGCAAAAGGGUUUUCUAAUGAUCAAUUAGCCUUUUUAAAAUGAUAAACUUGGAUUAGCAAACACAACGUGCAAUUGGAACACAGGACUGAUGGUUGCUGAUAAUAGCCUCUGUACGCCUAUGUAGAUAUUCCAUAAAAAAAUCAGCAGUUUCCAGCUACAAUAGCCAUUUACAACAUUAACAAUGCCUACAUUGUAUUUCUGAUUAAUUUGAUGUUAUUUUGAUGGGCAAAAAAAUUGCUUUUCUUUCGAAAACAAGGACAUUUCUAAGUGACCCCAAACUUUUGAACGGUAGUGUAUAUAUUUUACAAACAAACUUGUUAACAAUAGAUUGAUUACCAAAGUUUAAUAUCUCACAUUCUUAGCAAUUUGCAAGAUUUUUUGUAUUGCUGUCAGCUGUCCCUGCUGACCUGUCAUGUCGGUCUGUCAUACAGUUACCAGAGCUUGAGAAAGGACAGCAUCAGACUUCAUGCCUUAUCUUUUUACCUUCAAGAAAAGAAAGUAAGCAAAUUUCUUCUACGUCAAACUAGGUAGUGAUAAACAUGUUUGUUUUGUGAACACUUGAUAGAUGUUAUUCUCUACUUUUACUGUUUUUGCCCUGAAAAUGAUCACGAUCUUAUUUUGGCAGUGCUUUCCGGAGACCGUUGACAUAAAUGCCACGUUGGAUUUAAUGCUGCAGGUAAAUGUUUGACCAUUUAAUUUCCAUAUUUAGUUACUUUGAUUUGAUUGAAAUGUUUCUGAUGCAUUUUUAUUGUGUGUCAGUGUGCCUCCACAGAGGUCACAUGCGAAUCAGGAGCAGCCAUGGCAGCCUCGUUAGCCAAUGGGGGACUCUGCCCUCUGUCAGGUGACCAGGUGCUGUCGCCCUCGGCUACAAAGAGUAUGCUCUCCAUGAUGCAAGUGGCGGGAAUGAACGAGUACUCCAGAAUAUUCAAUUUUAAGGUUGGUUUGUUUGCAUUCUCAAAACAAUCAUUGAAAUAAUAAUAAUAAUAUGCCAUUUAGCAGACGCUUUUAUCCAAAGCGACUUACAGUCAUGCGUGCAUACAUUUUUGUGUAUGGGUGGUCCCGGGGAUCGAACCCACUACCUUGGCGUUACAAGCGCCGUGCUCUACCAGCUGAGCUACAGAGGACCACAUGUGGUGCUAGGGUCUGGUCUAGUGGUAACAUAAAUUCCCCGGUCUCACUAUUCAGUUUUUGUCCUGUAUCUUUCUGUGCUGUACAUUUUAUGUUUACUUCUGUCACAAGAUUAUUAGACGAGAAAAUGCACUACACGUAUCAUAAGCUUGAAGCAGUAAGAUGAAGGAGCAUUUUGGGGCAAGUGAAGCAAAUUAAGCCAUUAAUGUAAUCUCAUACUUUUCUUCUUGUCUUAUGUAUUUGAAUUAAUGCUUUGAAACCUCCCAUUGGCAGGAGCUUACCGGAGCUGAGUACCGGCACCUCAAAUGUUCUACUGCUUGAGCUCCUGCACCUCUUAUAGAAUAUUAGCUCAAAAGUAUUGUGGAGCUCAUGCACCUAAAUAUAAACCGUACUGGAACCCAAAUGAGUACCGGUACCUAUUUCAGUCAAAGUCAAGCACUGGUUAAUGAUAAUCAAUGUUAUGUUUUGCAGACGUCUGCACCAGCCAAGUCUAGUAAAUCAGGAGUUAUGCUGGCAGUUGUCCCAGGAGUUCUAGGCUUGCUGUGCUGGUCACCUGACCUGGACUCCUUUGGAAACUGCUGGAAGGCUGUGCACUUCUGUGAGGUUGUGAAACCAUCACAACUCUCUAACAAUUUCCUUUUAUAGCAUAAUUGUGGUUUGUUCUUCCUUGCUUCUCACUGAUUUGUUUUAUUUUUGGGGGGUUUUAAGGAACUCAUAUCAACAUUCCAGCUACACAGUUUUGACAUCCGAACACCAUUCAGACAGGUGCUUACAUACAGGCAAUGGAAAGCAGAGUCUGAGGUCAGUAUUUGAGGCCAUCUACACAACAACACUUUGCAGCUAUGUGAUGUUAAAGGCCCAUUGCAGUCAAAAACUUGAUUUUCCUGUGUUUUAAAUAUAUUUCCACACAAUGAGGUUGGAAUAAUACUGUGAAAAUGAUAAGGCCCUUUUAGUGUAAAAGUUGUUUGAAAAGACCGCCUGAAAUGUAGCCUGUUUUGGUGGGAUGGAGCUUUGGCCUUUCUAUGGUGAGAUCACCAUGUGGCAAAUUAGUUAAUAGACCAAUAAAGAGUUCCAAACCUCUGUCAAUAACAGCUAGUUUUCAGUUUUCCCAUCUCCAGUUAGACCACUCCCAGACAGUCCUAGCAAAAUUAUUGCUUGAAAAUUGCUCUUUGCUAAAAAGCUAUUUUUUUAUAUUUUUGACCAUUUUAAUUUAAAACAAUCACAGUAAGGUAAUUAAUUGUUAUGUAUCAAUUAUUUGAUAUUGAGAUAAAAAUGGCUGCAUUGGACCUUUUAACAAUGUGGCUCAAACUCACUGUCAAGGUCUAUUCCAGGGAUAUUUGAGAAAUAGUUUUUUUUUUUUUCUACAUCCUUCUAAUUUGACAGGGUUAUCAGAUCAUGAACAUCCUACUGGCUGCCUUCAAAGGUGACAUACAAUCCUUGCGAAGGUACGGUUGCCCUAACUAGAAUGUUUGUCUUUCCUCGCAUACAUUAGAACUGAAAAGAGAAAUUUGAUGCGCCAUGAGACACUGUAUUUAAAAAAACAUUAUCUUCUAAAUGCAAACACUUGAUGAUCAUCUGUCCCUCGCCAGGUACUUCCUGUCUGGGGCUGACGUGAACGCCGUGGACUACGACGGGAGGUCCGCUCUGCAUGUGGCUGCCUCCGAGGGUCACUGUGAGGUCAUCCGCUUCCUGGUGGAGAACACAGGCACCAACUACUCCCUCAAGGACAGGUAAGGACUAAGAAGGCUUCCUCCCUAUGUCUUCUGCCGUGAGCUGAAAAGGCAGGACAGGUGAAAGUUAGAGCGCUACAUGGUGGACACCUACUAGGAAUCUGGUUUUACCUGUCCAAUUCUUUCACCAGUGCAGAUGAGGGAAAGGAGACAAGGAGUGAAAGCCCCCAUAGGCUAUUGAGGCUUGAAGUUUAUACAGCAGACUUAUAACCUCACAAUUUUGUGGCAUGUUCUCUUGACAGAUGGGGGAACACACCCAUGCAGGAGGCUAUGAGACACAGCCAUGGUCCUGCAGCCCAACUACUCAGGAAAUAUGAGGAGCAGCCAGUGACUCUG